AUGGCCGAGAAGCAAGAGCUGUACAAAUUGAUCAACGACAGGACGAGGAUGCCGCGCUUACAGGCGGCGCCCCAGCUGCACAACAAUAAUCUUUUCAACAGAAACGAGCAGCAACAGCAGCAAUCGGAUCUGUUGCAGAGAUUCCGAAGCAACGCGAUGAAAAUCGUAAAGAAUCGACCCGUCGCCGCUGCUUCGAUCGGGACACCGACAUCGGCAGCAGCAGCGACGGGUACAGCAGCAGCAGCAGCCUCGCCAGCCUCGGUGGCCGCCAAAUGGAAAAAGAGCGUGAAUCGUCUCUCCAGACAGACGUUGUACACGGAGGAGCUGCGCAAGCUCGCCAAGCAGGUGCCAGUACAGGGCCUGCUGCUGCCCGAGUGGGAGCAGAACAUCAUGCGGCUCAUACCCAGGACCAACAAGAGGAAGCACUUCGCCUAUCUGCGCGGCUUGAUGAAGGAGGUGAGGCAGGACUACUUCGACGAGAUGCAGAACUUUAGCGUCAAGAGCAUCGUCGCCGAUAGGGAAGAAGAAGAAGAAAAAGAGGAAAAAGUAGCAGCAGCUCCGCUUUCGUUAGAAUCCAGCAGCGGCAGCUUCGAGACCAACAGGCGGGUAAUUCUGUACAAGUACUUUCUGUCGCAUCGCCUCGUGCGCAGCGUGUCCAACGUCAUGUACUACAAUCUGCCCAAGAACCUCUUGAGCCUCAAACGUUACGAAAAAGUCAAGGAACUGGUGCAGGUCUCGUGGCUGCGCGACGCCACCCAAGCCGAGCUGCAAAAAUCCGCGACGAUCAUCAAGAAGCAGUGCUACCAGGAGAUCGUGCGCUCGAUGCUGCAGAUGGGCUAUCUGCGCGCGGACAAGCGACUGCCCCGGCUGCUGCACUGCGCCGAGAGCUUCAUGGCCCAGAGGAUCUGCCAGGCCAUGAUGGCCACCAUCGACGAGCUCGUCGCGGUGCUGGCCGAGGGUAGUGGUGGUUCCAGUCCCCGGCUCAAGCUCCAGCUGGUCUGCCGCAACGAUCGGCUGGAGAUCGAGCCGAGCGUCCGGGACGUUUACGCGUUGUAUCACGGCUUGAUCGACGGAGUGGCCAACUUGGCCCAGGACCUGGUGCCACUGAGCGAGUGGCUCAAGGCAUCUGAUGCAAACGAGCAGCAGCCCACGACGACGAGCUACGUCAAAGUUCGCCUGGCCGACUGGUACCUCGAGGAGUCGCACGCCAAGCUCCAGUCGGUCCUCGAGGCUGCCCUCCAGCCUCUGGAGCGGCGCCUCGAGGAGCUCGCGGCCAGACUCGAGCCGCUCUUCGAGGCGCGAGCUCGCCGACUUCGAUCUCUAUCGGGGCCAGGUGGACAAGUACAAGGCUUAUCUCGCAGCCCGGCCAUCGCCGAUCUCAAGCGCAACGGCCACGAGCUCGUCUCAACGCUGCUGGCCGAGCUCGUCGAUCUCCAUCAGUCGCUGAAUCGCGAGAUCUGUCGCGAGUUCGAGAGCCUGGAGAGUCGCGCCCUCGACAUACCCGACGAUACCCAGUCCCUGUUCGAGCUCACCGAGUACGUCUCGUACGCCUCGAAGCAGCUAAUGGGCGAGCUCGAGGACAAGAUUCGCGGCUCCGUACGGAUGCUGGGCUCGCUCAGCGAGGUGGCGCUGCUCAGCCACGAGCAUCUCGAGCUCAACGCGACCACCUGCAACUGGCUCGAGCUCAUCAAGCCCGUAUUCAGCCAGCACAACAUCUUCUGCGAGGCGAAGAAGGGCGAGCUGGAGGACGAGCUGCAGCGCAAGAUAGCCGGGCUCGGGGCGGAGAUCGAGGCAGUGCUGCCCGAGUUGGCGUGCCUCGACGCGAUGGACGACGCCGCCCGGGUCCACGAGUAUAGUGACUUUCUGGGACGGAUACUGGCCAGGAUCGAGGAGAUAAGCGAGAGGUGCGAGCAGGCCAACGCCGAGGAGCGACUGUUCAAGUUCCCGGAGACGAGCUUCCCCAAGGUCGACGAGAUCAAGGAGGCGGUGUGCUCGUUCUCGGCGCUCGUCCAGUUGAUCUGCCGCUGGCGUAAGGAGCGCGCGGUCUGGCUCGACGGGCCCUUCGAGUACCUCGACUCGGAGCUGAUCGAGCGCCAGACCGAGCACUACACGCAACGCCUGACCGAGUCCCAUCGCGUCUACAAGCUCAAGAUCAAGACCGACCAGACGGCCUCCAAACCCUUCAAGUUCAGCGGGGUGGCGGACGAUCCGGACCCGAUGCAGCAGCCGGCCCCGCUCAAGCUCUGCUGGCAGACGUUGAGGCAGCUGGACGAGUUUCGCCGCUACGUGCCGCUGGCGCGCUGCAUGUGCAAUCCGGCGCUGCGCAAGCGACACUGGGACGAGAUGUCCGAGAUAGCGGGCUGCGACCUGACCCCGAACGCAGGCACGACCCUCGCCAAGCUCAUGGGCCUGGAUCUGCUCGAGGACUUUGCCAGCUACGAGGUCAUCAGUCGGGGCGCCAACAACGAGCUGGCGCUGCAGCACGAGCUCCAGGCCAUGCAGCUGCAGUGGCAGCAGGGCGACGGCCAUCUCGAGUUCGGUCUGGUCCACCGAGAGCAAAGCGGCUUGACCGAGUUCCGCGAGCUCGACGCCAUCGAGGCCCUGCUCGAGGAGCAGCUCGUCAAACUCGCCAAGAUGCGCUCUUCCUACUUCGUCGGGCCGAUCGAGCCGCAGGUCCGCGAGUUCCACGAGAGGCUCUCCCGUGCCCUCAGGACCAUCGAGCUCUGGAACCACGUCCAAGCCCGGUGCAAGUACCUCGGCGGCAUCUUCGCCGAGCGACUCGUGCGCGAGCAUUUGGCGCACGAGCUCGACCUGUACGAGUCGCUGCGCGAGAUCCUCGGCACGAUCGAGGCAGGCAUCCAGACCGAGCCGAGCUUCGAUCGCGUGACCGCGAGCCGGGCCGCCGUGCUGGACAAGCUCGAGCAGGCCGAUCGGGCCCUCGAGCUCGUAGCCUCGAAGGUGCGCGACUACCUGAAGCGGCUCAAGCUCGAGUUCUCGCGGCUGUUCUUCCUGGCGGACGUGGAGAUGGUCGAGCUGCUGUUUCGCCGCGACAAUCUGGCCAGGAGCAACUGCCAGAUAAGCAAGUGCUUCCCCAACGUGUCGCGCUUGAAGCUUGCCAAAGAUACCGCGGAUGGCUCCUUGGAGAUCGUCGCUAUUACGGGCACGAGCGGCGAGCGGCUCGAUCUGCCCGAGCCCGUCGAGUUGGCUCCGACGAGCGGCGACUGCCUCGCCGAUUGGCUCCGCCAGCUGGACCGGGCGAUGCGCCGGGCGCUACGCGACAAGCUCGAGCUCGCCAUCGAGACGUUCAACGACGAGCUGUCGUUCGACUGGCUCGCGGCCAGUCCCGCCUCGGUGGUCCACUGCGUCUGGCAGAUAAUGUGGACCGCCCAGGUGCAGAGCUGCUUCUCGGCCGGCGUCGUCGAGAGCAUGCGCGAGUGCCGCCAGAGGUAUCAGGCCUACAGGGAGCUGGCCCACCAGCUGCUCAGGCACCAGACGCUCAGUCGCGAGCACCGCGAGACCCUCUCGUCGCUCGUGGUGCUCCUGGUGCACCUCGAGGAGGUCUGCGGCGCCCUACUGGAGAAGAAGAUCCACGAGGAGCAGGACUUCGACUGGAAGGCCCAGAUUCGCUACUAUUAUUAUAACCAGGAGGAGGCUAACGAGGCCGAGGUCAGGGUGAGCAUCGUCAACAGCAGCCAGAGCUACGGCUACGAGUACUACGGCAGCGGCGAGAGGGUUUCUGUGAUUACGCCGCUGACCGAGAGAUACUACCGGGCGCUGGUCGAGGCCAGCCAGCAGAACCACUUCACCGGCCUCGUGGGCCUCGCCUGCCUCGGCAAGAUCGACGCCAAGCGGAAUCUCGCGCGCAUCCUCGGCCAGCCGUUCUUUCUGUUCGGCGGCCGCGAGGCGCAGCGCUACGACAAUCUCGAGGCCAUCUUCAAGGGUCUGGUCGGCCUCAAUGCCUGGGUCUGCUUCAAGAACCUCGGCGAGUGCUCGCUGCCGAAUCUGUCGCUGCUGGCUCAGUACGUGUUUCGCGUCUGUCAAGCCAAGAGCGCGAGGCAGGCCACGAUCAACGUGCACGGCGAUCAGCUGCGCUUCGACGCCAAUUGCUACUUCAGCUACAGCAUGAAUCCCGGUCUAGGUGGGCGCGUGGAUGCGGGUAGUCUGCCGGACAAUCUGAGGUCGCACUUCAGGCAGGUCUGCUUCCUCGCGCCGGACCAGGACAAGAUCUGCCAGGUCGAGCUGUACGCGGCCGGCUUCGCCGAGGCCCGACAAUUGUCCGCCGUCCUGUCGGAGGUCAACGCUUUGUGCAACGAGCUCAUGUCGUCGUCUUCCACCGCCGAGUACAAUCUCAAGCUGAGAAGCUCGAAGGCUUUGGUCGCGACGGCGGCAAAGCUCAAGUUCUCCCAUCCCGAGGAGUCGGAGCGGCUCCUGCUGCUGCGCGCCCUCGUCGACACGCGGAUCUCGCAGUUCCACGGCGAGGAUCUGCUCGUCUUUCGCGACAUCCUCGACAAGUGCUUCACGGGCGUCGCGUUUCGCGCCGGUCCGAGUCACGAGCGGCUGCUCGCCGCCCUCGAGCGAGUCUGCCGGGCCGAGCGGCUGCUGCUCGAUCGCGCGGCCUUCGAGCUCAAGCUCGUGCAGAUGCACGAGACGAUACAUCUGAGCAAGUCCGUGAUACUGGUCGGCGAGGCUGCGAGCGGCAAGACGACUCUGUUGCGCGUGCUGCGGGAAGUCUUGACGCUUCUUCGAGCGGAUGGCGAUGACGACGACGAUGACGAUCGAGAGCGUCGCCGAGCCACGAUACCCUGCGAGGUGAUCAAUCCGGGCGCCCUGAGCUUGGCCAGAUUCAUCGGCAGCUACGACGAGGACGAGGCCAGCUGGUCCGACGGCGUGCUCUGCGACGUGUUGAGAAAAUUUUCCGACAAUCAUAGCGAUAACGACGAUCACGACGACCAAGAGUCGGCGUUGCAAAAGUGGCUGAUACUCGACAGCGACGCGCACGAGUCCUGGCUCGGCCGCAUCGAGACGAUGCUGGCCGAGCCCGAUCGAGUCUUGCAUCUCGCGACGAACGAGCGACUGGUCGUGCCGGACGACACGAGGCUGUUCAUCGAGACGACGAGUCUGCGCGACUGCUCGCCCGCGACUCUGGCCCGCUGCGCCCUGGUCCAUCUUCCCGGGCUCGCCGACAGCUGGCCCGACUACGCGCGCAACGAGCUGGCCAAGCGCGACGAGCCGCGGCAGCUGCGCGCCCACUGCCCGGCCAUCUGCGCCAUGUUCCACUGGUGCCUGGAGGCCAGCCUGCGCUUCGUGCGCGACCACUGCUCCAGCAAUGGUCUGAAACUGAGCGAGAUGCAGCUGGUCGGUUCGUGCCUCGAUCUCUUUAUUAUGUACAUCAGCAGCGCCGUCGAGGAUCACAAUCUGGAGCACAACAAGCGGGAAGCGCAGAAGGACAAGGACAAGGAUCACGCGCUGCUCUGGUCGCAGGCGGCCCUCUUGAUGGCCACCAACUUCGCCCUGUCCGGCCAUCUGGACGCCGACUCGAAGCUGCGACUAGAAAAGUUCCUGCUCGACUUGUGGGCCGACCGUAACGAGCUGCACCCCAAGCCCCGAGAGAUCAAGCAUCCGUUCGGCGCCGAGAUCGCGCUGCCGAGCGAGGGCCAGCUGCGCGACAACGUCUACGUGUUCAAGGGCACGGGCAAUUGGAGGCACCUGGCCUCGGACCUGCUGAAGAUGGAAAAGAUCAAGGACGACAAGGACGACCGGCAGCUGCUGCUGGGGGCGGCGAGCAGCGACCUGGUCUUCGUGCCCACCGUGGAGAGUCUCAAGUUCAACCACCUCCUGAGUCUGCACGUCAGGUAUCGACGGCCGUUCAUCGUGUGCGGCGAGUACGCCGCGGGCAAGACCUGCCUGCUGCGCGACUUUUUUACCCAGGCCACCUCGUCCUCGUCGUCGGAAUUGACGAGCUGUUACUUCAAUUUCCAGUCGAUCGCGAGCGCCGAGCUGGCUCAAGAGCUCGUGCUCAUGAGGCUGCAGAGAAUCCGACGCACCGAGUACCAGGCCCAGGACAACAAGUACUGCGUCGUCGUGGUGGACGAUCUGCAAGCGGCUGCGGAUCGCGACCCCUCGUCGACCAGCUCGACGCUCGAGUCGAUGCGCCAGCUGAUGGAUCGCGGCUACUGGCACGACCUCGAGACGCCCGGCCGCCGAGUCGCCGUGUCCAACAAGGUCGCGUUCGCCGGGGCCCUGACGACGACGAGCCAUCGGAAUCUCUGCCCGAGAUUCUUGAGGCACUUUAACGUGCUGGGCAUGUCGGCCCCGACGAGGGAGAGCACGUGCCGCGUAUUCUCCACGAGCCUCAUGGCGGACCUCAGGAGAAACUCGAACUUCUCGCAGGACGUGCUGGGCAGCGUGACGAGCAUGGCCCAGGCCACCCUGGACGUGUACCGGGCCUGCAGGCUGGAGCUGCGCCCGAGCCCGGCCCGACUGCUCUAUCGCUUCUCGCUGCACGACGUGCAGCGGGUCGUGAAGGGCUGCGCCCUCGUGCACAAGGACUCGGUCGAGACCAAGAUCACCUUCGUGCGACUGUGGGCGCACGAGGUGCUGCGCGUGUUCGGCGAUCGCAUCCGUGACCCGGCCGAGCAGAGGUGGCUGUUCGAGAGGAUGCGCGAGGCCGCCAAGGCCCACUUCAAGGAUCCGUUCGAGGCGGCCUUCGACCAUCUGCCCAAGCAGAGCCGAGCCCUCGAGGCGCAAGUACGAGGAGAUGAGCGGCUGCUCGCGGGACCAACUGCGCAACAAGCUCCAGCAGUACGUGGCCGACUACAACGAGGCCAGCAGCAGCGACGGGGGGAUCAACGACAAGCUCGAGCUGAUCUGCUCGCGACGCCCGGGGCCAAUCUGCUGGCCUUGGGCACGAGCGGCUCCGGGGCCGGGGCCCUCGUCAAGCUCGCGGCCUUUAUAGAGCGGCAACGCGUGUUCGAGCCGGCCCUCGACUCGCUGGAAGCCUGGCGCCAACAGCUCAAGUCCUUGAUGAUCGAGUGCGGAACGUCGAAGCGCCACAGCUGCGUGCUCCUCGUGAGCGAGCGCAAAAUAAAGGCCGACGAAGGGGGAGGAGUGCGCGACGACGUGAACGAGCUGCUGCUGCCGAGCUACGGACCCGGCGAGAUAGCCGCCCGGCUGUUCAGCGAGGACGAGCGUCGGGAGAUGGUGAGGGCGGCGAGGCUCGACGCCCAGCAGGGCGACAGGAAUCUCGAGCUGGACGCCUGGCGGGUCUACGGCUACUUCCUCGAGCAGUGCAAGCGUCGGCUUCAUCUGGUGCUGCGCGUCAGCCCGCGGGGCCCGAGCCUCCGAAGGUGUCUGCGCGACUGGCCGGGCCUGCUGAGCAGCUGCACGAUCGACUGGCUCGACGACUGGCCCCAGCCGGCCCUCGAGCAGGUGGCCCACCACUGCCUGCGCGGCUUGAACGUCCCGGACUCGCUGAGGAGUCAGCUGGUGCUGGCCAGCCAACAGCUCUACCUGAGGAUGGACCGUGUGCGGGCGGCCUACUGCCGCGAGGCCGUCGCGGGCAUCGAGUUUCCCGCGGUGGCGCCGCUGGGCUUUCUGCGCACCUGCAAGCGCUACGCCGAGCUGAUGGCCGCCAAGCAGCUGGAGAUCAAGAGCACGCGCAAGCGCUACCUGGCGGGCCUGGACAAGCUGCAGCUGGCGGCGCGCGAGGUCGCCCACAUGAAGACGACCCUGACCAAGCUCAGGCCCCAGCUGGAGGCGUCGGCGCGCCAGACCGAGACCACCAUGAAGGAGAUCGAGAGCGAGAACCUGAGCGUCGAGCGGGCCACGGUGCUCGUCAAGCGGGACGAGGAGGUGGCCAACAAGAAGGCCGAGAUCGCCAGCACCCUCAAGCUGGAGUGCGAGACCGAGCUGGCCGUGGCCAUACCCAUACUCGAGGACGCGCUCGCCGCGCUCAACACCCUCAAGCCGACCGACAUCACCCUGGUCAAGGCGAUGAAGAAUCCACCGGACACGGUGAAACUGGUGAUGGCCGCGGUCUGCGUGAUGCUGGGCGUGCCCUCGGAGCGGGUCGUCGACCCGGUCACCGGCCGCAAGAGCAUGGACUUCUGGGGCCCGAGCAAGCGCGUCCUCGGCGACAUGAACUUCCUGCAGAACCUCAAGGACUACGACAAGGACAGCAUCGCGCCUGCCGUCGUCGCCACCAUCAAGAAGAACUACAUGUCCGACAAGAACUUCCAGCCGCACAUCGUGGCCAAGGCGUCGUCCGCCGCCGAGGGUCUGUGCAAGUGGGUGCGCGCCAUGGUCUCCUACGACGAGGUGGCCAAGGUCGUCGCCCCCAAGAAGGAGAAGCUGGCCGCGGCGCAGCGCGAGUGCGACGAGACCGAGGCCUUUCUCACGGCCAAGCGCAAGACCCUGGCCGACCUGAGCGCCAAGCUGGCCGGCCUCAAGCAGAGCCUCGAGGCGACCCUGCGCAAGAAGCUCGAGCUCGAGCGCGAAGUAGCCGACUGCACGCUCAAGCUCAGGAAGGCCGAGGAGCUGAUCGGCAGCCUGGGCGGCGAGAAGGCGCGCUGGACCGUGUCGGCCGACCAGCUCGGCCGUGCCUACGACAAUCUCCCCGGCGACGCGCUGCUCUCGUGCGCCACGAUCGGCUAUCUGGCCCCGCUCGAUCUCGCCUAUCGCGACAAGACUCUGGCCGACUGGCAGGACUCGCUCAGGACUGCCCAGGUGCCCUUCUCCGAGGAGUUCGACCUGGUCGACUUUCUAGGCGUCGAGGUGACCAUCAACGCCUGGCGGCUGUGCGGCCUCGCCAACAAUCGCUUCUCCCUGCAGAACGCCAUAAUGUGGGAGCAGUCGCCGAUGUGGUGCCUCUUCGUCGAUCCGCAGAAUCAGGCCAACGAGUGGAUCAGGAGCAUGGAGAAGUCGAGCCAAUUGCGGACGGUCAAGGCCAACGAGCCGGACUCGUUGAGCCGGAUCGUCGAGGGCAUGGGCCUGGGCGUACCCGUGCUCCUGGAGAACGUGGCCGACGAGCUGGAGGCCGGCCUCGAGCCGCUGCUGGCCAAGGACGGCGGUGGCUGCUCCGUGCCGCGCGAGCCCGGCUUUCGGCUCUACCUGACGACGAGGCGCCAGAGGCCCCGGUUCGGCGCCCAGGUCUUCAAUCGGCUGACGGUGAUGGACUUUCUGCUGCCCGCGGAGGCGAUACGCGACCGGCUGCUCGACAUCGUGAUCGCGCGCGAGCGGCCCGAGCUGCAGGACAAGUUCGAGAAGAUCCUCGCGGAGAACGUCAACAACAAGCGCAUACUCAAGCAGCAGGAGGACAACAUACUGAGGACGCUGUCGUCGGGCUCGGGCACGGGCUCCGUAAACAUCCUCGAGGACGAGGGCGCCAUCAGGACCCUGGACAUCUCCAAGAGCCUGGCGCAGGAUCUGCUCAAGCGUCAGGAGGCGACGCGCGUCUCCAAGGAGGAGAUCGAGGCGUUCCGCGACGGCUACCAGGCCUUUACCAAGUACUGCGCCGACCUCUACAGUACCCUCAACUGGCUGCCGAGCCUCAACUGCAUGUACAGAUUCUCGCUGAGCUGGUUCACCCAGCUCUACGUCAAGUCCAUCGAGACGUCGAAUCGCAGCGUCAUCCACAGGAAGCGCAUCGACUACCUCAAGAUGUCCUCCAUCCAGAAUCUGUACCAGAGCGUGCACGGCGCUCUGCUGGAGCGCCACAGGCUCGUCUACUCGUUCGUGCUGUGCGCCAAGACCCUCGUGGACACGGAGCAGCUGACCGAGCAGGAGUUUCGGGUCUUCAUGAGCAUCGGCGGGGCUGCUGCUGCUCGUGCUUCCGAGAAGGAGGAGGACGGCUCGAAUUCGGCUGCUGCUCCCAAUCCGGCACCGGCUUGGCUCUCGGAGGCCUCGUGGCGCGAGCUCCAGCUGGUCAGCUCGCAGCUGGCCGUCUUCCAGAAUCUCGCCAACAGCCUGAGCAACAGCGCCAUCAGGUGGCGCAGGUACUGCAACUCGCUCGAGGCGGACGAGUGCCCGAUGCCGCAGCCCUGGGACCACCGUCUGACGCCCUUCCAGAAGCUCAUACUCGUCCGGAUACUCUGCCCGGAUCGGAUAAUCUUCAAGGUCACCGAGUUCGUCGAGUCGGUGAUGGGCCCGUCGAGCGGCGGGGCCGCCGGCAACUUCGUGCCGUGCAACGUGGCGCGACCCUACGCCGAGUCGAGCUGCCUCGUGCCGCUCAUCUUCAUACUGCCGUCGUACACGUCGCCCUUCGCCGUCGUUACGCGCUUCGCCAAGCUGCUCGGCUACUCGUCGAAGCUGCACUCGCUGUCGAUGGGCCCCCGCCAAGGCCCCAAGGCCGAGCUCCUCAUCGAGAUGGCCCGCCGCGACGGCGAGUGGGUCUUUCUGCACAAUUGCCAUCUGGCCCUCGACUGGAUGCACCAGCGGCUCGAAACGCUGUGCGAGCAGCUGGACCCGAGCACGAGCCAGCUCGGCUUCCGUCUGUGGAUGAGCUCGCGCGCCACCGAGGACUUUCCGAUCGGUCUGCUGCAGGCCAGCAUCAAAGUGGCCUUCGACGCGCCCCACGACGUCCGUCAAAGCCUCGCCUGGAGCUACAGGUCCGAGCCCAUCAAGGACCGGGACUUCUUCGAGGGCUGCCCCGGCAAGGACCGGGCCUUCGGCAAGCUCCUCUACGGCUUCUGUCUGCUGCACGCGGUGCUGCGCGAGCGCGCCAAUUACGGCCUGCAGAGCUGGAAUCGCCUGUACGAGUUCGACGAGGCCGACCUGCACUCGGCCGUCUACCAGCUGAGGAGCUGGGUGGGCCAGUCGGACAAGCUGCCCUUCAAGGCCCUGGGCUACUUUCUCAGCGAGUGCGGCUACGGCGCCAAGAUGCUCGACCCCUGGGACAAGCUCUAUCUGGACAGUCUCGCGCUCGACUACUGCAACUUCAAGCUGGUGCAGGACUCGAAUUACGACUUCGACACGGGCCGGCCGGCCUACCGACUGCCCAAGCGCAUCGAGUUUAGGGACUACCUGAGACACAUACGCAACAACGUGCCGGCGCAGACGUCGCCCGAGGACUUUGGCCUCGAUCGCAACUGCACCCUGGCCAAGAACUCGCUGAGGGUCGGUGACUUUUUGGGAUCGCUCGCCUCGCUGAACGAGACGUCGUGCUGCUGCGCGUCGACGACGAUGACGAGCGAGCAGCUGGAGGCCAGGAGCCACCGGCUCAAGUCCAUCUGCCUCGAGAGUCUCAGCCUGCUGCCGAAGAGCUUGAGCCUCGAGAGGCUCGAGAGCCGCUACAAUCAAUCGGGUUCGGACGAGCCGCUUAAUCGCUUUCUCCGCGAGGAGGUGGCGGCCUUGAACGACUGCCUCGACGCGAUGAGGCGCUGCCUGGAGGAGCUGAGCGAGGCCCACAGCGGUCACGCGGCGGACGGCAGCAGCUGCUGGUCGCGGCGCCUCGAGGAGCUGAGCGCGGAGCUGCUGCGGGGCGGCGUGCCCUCGAGCUGGCAGCGGCUCCACUUGACGCUGCGCACCAACAAGACGCUCUUCCAGUUCCUCGGCGAGCUCUGCGAGCGGGUCAAGUUCCUCGAGGGCUGGAUCGAGCGUGGCCAGCACCCGCGCCACUACUGGUGCGCCGGCCUCAUGUCCUGCAGGAAGCUGCUGGCCAUCGUCCGCUGGUCGUACGCCCGCGAGCAGAGAUGCGGCCUGGACGAGGUGGGCCUCGAGUGCAGCGUGCUCGAGGCCAAGUGCCCCCCUGCGACGGAUGACUCGGUGCCGAUAGACGACUCGCUGCAGCUUCCCACGAACGCCGUCUGCCUCUACGGUCUGCAGCUCGUCGGCGCCAAGUGGAACGAGCAGACCAAGUCGCUGACCAAUCCGAGGCCCAAGCUGCUCUUCAACGAGAUGCCCCUGGUGAGCUUCGAGCCGGUGAGCCUCAAGAGCAGCAGCUCGCAAGGGCCGCCCGCUACUCCUGGCUUCUUCCGUUGUCCGCUCUACGUCUCGCCGCUGUUGCACAACCUCGACCAUAGCGCCGGUCGUGCGCUCGGCAAUGUGGAGCCGAGCAGGGACAAUUACGUAGCCUCGGUCAAUCUCAAGAGCGACGUCAAUCCGAGGCUCUGGAUCAAGCGAGGCGCGGCUCUGUACUGUCGAGCCGAUCAAUGA